AGCAGUCACCAUAUUCAGACUUGAUUGAUUGUCAGAAGAAUUGCGUUUAAUUAACAUUACUAAGCUGAUAUUCAAAUAAUAAGGUAUGCCGUGUGCAGCACUCUCCUUAUGUAUUUUAGUACAGUAGCCAUGUAAGCGUAUUGGGUCAGUGCAUUAACGCGCUGCAGAUCAGCUGGGUCUGACCGGCCACCGCCUCCACAGGUGUUCAGGAUUGAUGCCAGGUAAUUAACUGGUCCAAUCACACAGAACGAGUUUGGAGAAGUGAGGUGAACGGCAGAAGGACGCAUUCCCCACGGGAACUAAUAAACACCUCGUUAAACAUGAUCAGAGGACCACCUAAUGGAUAAACCCGGGAGCAAGAGAAAACGAACUCAUCCUGCAGUCAAAUCAUGUGAGACACCAGCGCCUGAGCAGCCCGGACAUGAGCAUGAAGACAGACCGAGGCGUGGCUCGUCUCCUGAAACUGACAGUGAGCUGCAGGCUUCUCUUCAUUCUCAGCAGUCUGUGGCAUGUUUUCUCAGGCUUCAGAUUAGAACAUCCUGUCGGCGCUUGUGCGAACUCCUGCCCUUUGUCAGUGGUCAUUUAGACACAGCCACCACUCUGGAGCUCACAGCUAAGUACAUGAGCUACCUGAAGCAGACUCUGCCUCAGGACGUUCUGACUAAAGUUCAUAAAGCGGUUGAGGAGAAUAUGAAAAGUUCUUGGAAAAAACCAAGGAAACCACCCAAGAAACGAAAAACAAUCAGGCUAAAGAGGAACACCUCACAGAUAGCAAAGCCAUCUGCCAAGAAGUCAACUAAGGUUCACAUUUCUAGGAGACAAAGGCCUACUUGGCACAAGAACUCUGAAGAAGUAAAUCAGCCCUCCAUCUCAAUAAGCUUGCCUCUGAUGAUGGAUCAAGCUCUUUCCCCAGCUGAGGGCCCAGCCACAGUCCAUGCCCCGCCGAUACUGUUGGACAAAUCGGCUGUUCCCCGGGGACAAAUGCUACCAGUGUGCCAGAAUCAAUUCCCAGCUGCCUCAUUUCAGUCAGUGGAAAAUAACUGGAUGAACUCAUCUUCAGCAUUCCCGAGCCCCGCCUCUAGUUCCUUUACAUCAGCGGUGAUCGGCCAGACCUUCUUGGAGCCAUCCUCAAGCCACGCUGCAGCGCUGGAGAUUUGGGAUGGCAGCGCAGGCCUGGCAAACCCUGCUGCUCUGCCACCAGCAAAUGUCAGCCAACCCUACAACGCACCAGAUCAGGCCUCAGUGAUGACUUUGAUCUUGCCUCUCGCAGAACACAGCCAGGGUCAUGCACCUCUAGCUGGUCUGAAUGAAAACACCCCUGCAGUAGAUGUUAUGAAUCAGGCGUUGGUUCCAUUGGUGGCGUUUCAGGGUGCGACUCUAAGCUCCGAUGUGACAUCUGAGAGGUUAGAUCUGUCCGUGUCAGACACUCCAUGCAACUUAAGACCCCUCGAGCAGAGCAGCCUCUGUAGCUUUAGCCCUUGGACUCACAGCUCACAGGACACCGUCAGUCCCUUUUGGCUGGAUUUGCUGUUGGAUACCAAUGACAGCUUGUGUGUCCUUGAUGCUCCUGUUGAAAACAUUGCUCUCUCUCCCUACAAAGACCCCAGCUAAACAAAGUCUGAAGACAUCACCAAGAAGACACUAACAUUAAUGCUCCUAUUUUGCAGGUUUGAUUAGUGAAAUAUUAAAGAAACAGUGUGUUUAUAAAUUUUGAUUGAUUUGCUUUGGUCAGUAUGGCAUUUUGAGAGGAGGUUAGUACAAUUUAUUUGUUGACAUUCUUUCACAUACAUUAUUGAAGUGGAGUGCUAUUGAUUUUGUUAUUUGGUUGAGGCAUUAAACAAUACAAUGCCAUUUUCAAAUGGGUGCAAUCGAAAUGAUUCAAAUGCAUUAUGGUAGAUCUUAUUGUUAAAAAUGUACAAACAAUGUAGCCUACUGAAUUUGUUUUGCAACAUAGCUGUAGUUAGUUAAGACCAUUGUUAAUAAAUCCAUGCAUUUA